GCCUUUCUUUCAGUCUUGCCAACAGUUCCGAAGGGAGCACAGCUAAAACGAAAAAAUGCGGUGCGGUCAGUAGUAGUAUUUCUAGCGAAAUUCGAUGACAAAGUGUCGGCGUUUUUACCAGUUUUGAUAGCAAAAUUAUCUAGUUAUAAUUGAAACACUCGUUGAGUUAAACAAAAUUACGAUGCUGGCAAAGAGUAAAUCGCUAAUUUCGCAUGUUCUGCAAAAGCAAGUUUCCGGUUUGCUGCAAUCAUCAGUGGUCACCUGUCGCCAGUUUAGUUCCGAAGGAAAUUUGGAUGGCUCACUCUCAGACUAUCCGAACCUUUCGAAACCGAAAAAGGGUUUGAAGCCCAUGGAGAAGAAGGAUCGGUCCAAGGUUUACGAUGCCUGCUGGCAAUCGAUGCGCCGCACCGAGUACAAAUGCCGCUCGGAUCCCGAGUUCAAUAUCCACUCGUUUAUCGAUUCCAGGAAACAGUGUUUGGCCGACUGUGCCACCGAAAUGCUGGCCAUGGAUUUAACGCACUACAAGCCGCAGGACAUGGCCAAGAGGAGGUAUCCCCGCACCUGGUUCGAGUGUGUGGUCAAGAGGAGGAAGAGGAAGGCCCAUUGUGUGCCCAUUGCCCCACCGAUGCCGCGAAGGAAGCGAAAGUCUGGGAAGAAGAAAUGCCCCGAGGAUCUCUGCGUCCUGGGCAAACUGGACUUGAAUCUAACAGAACCGUGCAGUCUGAUGAAGCCGGGGAAAUGUCCGCGCUUCAAGAUGCCCAACUGCUGUGUGGCCGCCCGCAAUCCGCCCAAAUGCCGUCGACCCUUCAGGCGAUGUGGCAGCAGACGCAAGACCAAGUACCCCAGUUUCUCCGAGUGUAAGCGGGAUCCCUUCCCGGAUCCCAAGCCCAUCGAGUGCAACUGCCUGCUCAAGCCGGCCAUCUGCGACAUGUGGCGGCACUAUCGCCGCCGGAAUGGUUAAUUAGCUGUUUUCUCAAUAAUUCUCUGACGCCCUGAAGACGAAGGAUUCCUUCAUCGGUUGUCUCUGAUUUUACCGAAAUUACGACUAACCAAAUUGUUGUGUUACAAAAGCCUACCGCAUCCAUAAAUAACCGAGAAGCAGUUCGCUUUUUUGCAGCACUUUGGUAAUUCCAUUCAAAAGAAAUGUAUUUCGUCGUACUCGUAUUAAAAAAAUAUAAAUAUUUAUUGAAUAAAAUAUAAACGAGUAUUAGUAAAGGUA